AUGGGUUUGUUACUUUUGGCAUUGUCACUAAUUGGAUUAGUUGGUGCUGCUCCAUCGUAUUACGAGGUUGGAGACUCCGACGGAUGGACAACAACGGUGGGAGCUGACUAUUACAAGAGCUGGUCUUCUUCAAAGACUUUCUGUGUCGGAGAUUCACUCAUCUUUCAAUACAACAAGACUCUCCAUAAUGUGAUGGAAGUGAGUUCCCAAGAUUUCGAGUCGUGCAACCCUAAUUUCCCUUUGAACACAUACCAAUCCCAGUAUGAACCUGUUGUCCUUAACCGAACCGGUCACUUCUAUUUCAUAUGUGGUGUGCCUGGUCAUUGCGAAUCUGGUCAAAAGCUUGACGUCCUAGUCAUGUCUGCGGAUACUCCCAUUAAUCAACCAAACAACGCAUCUUCGUCUUGUUCUAAACCUAAUCCACCUCCUCAGCCUACAGAGGAUCCUCUUCAGGUUCUUCCAGUAGAUGAUGAAACGAUCGCAACACUUCCUUACAAUGCAGCCUCAAGUCCUUGUGUGUGGACUGGCUUAAGCAUGCUCUCCUUCGUUCUCCUAAUAACCCUAGUAUCUGUUUGA